CAAGAACGGAGGGAGUAGUCUUCCAAGCGUUGCUUCUUUUUUCCUUGGCUUCAUACUUUCCUCACUUGCUACAUCUAGAGAGAGAAAGUCACGCAUAACUCUAAUUGUUCUCACGCCCUAGUGACGCAAACCCUUUCUUCCUCGUUCCUAUUCCAAUCUCUUCAUCUUUGCCUUUGAUUUUUAGUCCUUCUGCUCUUCAAGAUGGGUUUCAUCAUGGAGUUUGCAGAGAACUUGGUUCUAAGAUUGAUGGAAGAUCCGAAAGAAAGGGACAAAAAAUUUAGGGAGCACUUGUAUUCAUUGCAAGAUAGAUGCAAGAAAACCAAGGAAAUGUGGAGUUUGCCGUUGAGGCCAUAUGGUUUUUGGACAUUUGAGCGUCACAACUCUCAGCUUGCUUGGGAUGCUCAAAUUACCAAUGUGUCUGGACGCAGGGACCCUUAUGAUGAGGUCCUUUCAGACAUCUCUAAAUAAAUCUUCAGUUAACUGUAUGCCUACUGAGAUUCAUCUGCAUAGGAGCAAAGUCUUGAAUCUCAUUUGCUUGGAGUAUGUAAUCACCAGACUCCGCUGUGUUGUGUUCAUUCCAAUUUUCUGAUAUGUUUAGAAUUUGAACAGACAAAUUUGUCAUGAAUGCCAGCGUUCUGUUUUUUCUUUAUGCCUGUUUAAUAAAGUAGCCUAUUUUUGGACUA